AUGCGGUGCGCGAGCAAGGCCGCCGAGAGCGCGUCCGCACGUCUCUGUGCGGACGCCGAAGCAGAAACCACAGCAACUGAUGUCUCAUCGGUUGCUGAAGCGACCCAGUCUGUGUCACUUGGUGAUGCAGGCGCUGGUCAUGAAGACACUCAUGUCUUCACAGAGUACGAGCUCGGUGUCUCGUACUCUCCUGAUACGGAUGAAGGAUCCGUAUCGACGGCGAUUGAAUCCAAGCCGCCUGCCAAGCGUGGCAUGGACGAUGCUUUGCGUCGCAGCAUCUUUGGUUCAUCUGAUGCAUCAGAUGAACCAUCGCCGAAGCGAAGGCGCUCGAGUUCGCGAGACUCGGGCGCUCACAGUGGUGUCGGUUCUCCUAUUGACACCACUUCGCAGCGAGGUGCCACUACUUCUGUCGGCACGUCGCAAGAAGAGCGGGACCGCAACGUGUUGCGUCUCUCUCCUGAAAAGAAGGCAUGGAUGCCUCCAAAAUCCGUCAUGGAUCACUUGUCGGCGACGACGAGUGAUCGUUAUCGAACACGGUUGUUCGAUUCGUCAAGGAUCCAUCACCUUGACCCCAGUGCGAAAAACUAUCGCGCUGAACAUGAAUUCUUCAUCGAUGCUUUCUUUAAACAUCGAUGGUACAGUGGAAAUCACAAACGUGAUGGUCCCUCACUGCUUCAAGCGUGGAACGCCUACAUCCAUAACCUCGAGGAUGUAGGUCGUGACGCUUGGAACGACAAACUUAUCAAAGCUCGUGAUAAGUUUGAAAAGCGAACCCCGACAGGUGCACGCUACAAGCUGCAUCGUCUAUCAAGGGAGAAUGGAUUACCCUGA